CUUUAAACCCAGCCACGACCCAUAGACUCUCUAUAAUCAAAGACAGACCGAAAGGGAGUAAAAGCACAUCAUGAAGGCAUACUGGUUCGACAACCUCCCGGGCGACCAACGCGAGCCCCACGACUCCGGCCGCACCGUCCCAGACUCGUAUCUCUCCAAACUGGGCAUCCUGCACUUCAACUACCCCAACGUCGCCGACGUGGACGCGCUCGCCAAGUCCCGCGACUACAAGAACCGGGAUGAAAUCACCAUCUCGCCCGCCACUAUGGGCGACGUCUACGAGGAGAAGGUGAAGAUGUUCUUCAAUGAGCACUUGCACGAGGACGAAGAGAUCCGGUAUAUUCUGGAUGGCGGGGGUUAUUUUGAUGUCAGGAGUGACGGGGACGAUUGGGUUAGGAUUAAGUUGGAGAAGCAUGAUUUGAUGAUUAUGCCGGCGGGCAUUUAUCAUCGGUUUACGACGGAUAUGGAGAAUUAUACGAAGGCGAUGCGCCUGUUCAAAGAAGAUCCCAAGUGGACGCCGCUGACCCGAAGCGGCGAGACAGACAAGAAUCAGUACCGACAGGAGUACCUCAAGGCGCGAGAGACUCUUGCUGCAGCGACCUAAAUCACGAGAGGAGAUAACGGCCUCAGACUAUUGAAUUUCCGGUGGGAUGGGCUUCAUGGCCUAAACGACAGCUGCAAUGGAUAAUUCAAAUAUCAUUCUCUUCACAAGCCAUUCUAUCCUAGUCAUUUGCCC